AUGGACGGUGGCUCAGGUCAACCGGCGGCUGAUACCGAGAUGAUGGAAGCUCCCGGAGGUGCUUCUGCGGUCGCUCCCUCUCCUCAGAUGCCUGGGAUUGAGAAUAUUCCGGCGACUCUUAGCCACGGCGGUAGGUUUAUCCAGUAUAACAUCUUCGGGAACAUCUUCGAGGUCACCGCUAAGUAUAAGCCUCCGAUCAUGCCUAUUGGCAAGGGCGCUUAUGGCAUCGUUUGUUCUGCUAUGAACUCGGAAACAAACGAGAGCGUUGCGAUUAAGAAAAUCGCAAACGCUUUCGACAAUAAGAUUGACGCAAAGAGGACUCUCCGUGAGAUCAAGUUGCUUCGCCACAUGGAUCAUGAAAAUAUUGUUGCAAUCAGAGACAUAAUACCACCACCGCUAAGAAAUGCUUUCAAUGACGUUUACAUAGCUUAUGAGCUAAUGGACACUGAUCUCCACCAAAUCAUACGGUCGAACCAAGCUUUAUCCGAAGAACACUGCCAGUAUUUUCUUUAUCAGAUCCUCCGAGGAUUGAAAUACAUUCAUUCCGCAAAUGUGCUUCACCGUGAUUUGAAACCGAGCAACCUCCUCCUCAACGCAAACUGCGACUUGAAAAUAUGCGAUUUCGGGCUAGCUCGAGUCACUUCCGAGAGCGACUUCAUGACUGAGUACGUUGUCACGAGGUGGUACCGUGCACCGGAGCUGCUUCUGAACUCCUCUGAUUACACUGCAGCUAUCGAUGUUUGGUCUGUUGGCUGUAUUUUCAUGGAGUUGAUGGAUCGUAAGCCGCUCUUCCCUGGCCGAGAUCAUGUUCAUCAGCUUCGUUUGCUCAUGGAGCUCAUAGGAACUCCAUCAGAAGAAGAGCUUGAGUUCUUGAACGAAAACGCAAAGCGGUACAUAAGACAACUUCCAAUAUAUCCUCGCCAAUCUAUUACUGAUAAGUUCCCUACAGUGCAUCCUUUAGCGAUAGACCUUAUCGAGAAGAUGCUAACGUUUGAUCCUAGACGGAGAAUCACAGUUUUAGACGCGUUGGCACAUCCAUACCUGAAUUCGCUGCACGACAUAAGCGACGAGCCAGAGUGCACGAUACCAUUCAACUUCGAUUUCGAACAACACGCACUCUCAGAGGAACAGAUGAAGGAGCUCAUCUACCGUGAGGCGCUUGCUUUCAAUCCAGAGUAUCAGCAAUAG